GGCAUGGACCAAUUACCCAUCAGUUCAGAUCAAAUUUUGUUGAUGUAAGUGAGACAACUGGUACGCUAAGCGACAACGAUUCUAUGGCCAUACGACCACUAGUGUACACCAAGUGACUACUAUUUUAUCACCAAGAGACCACUAGUCUGUCACCAAGCUGGAACUAAGAAAGAUACCCCACAGAAGCAAAGCCACUCUUGUGAGCAGUGGCAGCAGAUCGUCCCUCAAUCUCUUACCCAAACUGUCUCCCAAAGUGACAACGGGGAAACCAAACACGUCCAGCCGCGUUGACUUCAGUGACAAGACGCCGGGCUGGCCGAAUGUCCACGCCAUGUCCGCCCCGUCACUCUACACAACCAUGUCGUCGUCACCCACCCCGUCGUCAUCCAUCAAAGCUGGCUCCUCGGCGUCCAGCCCUCCCAUUAUAUCCAGGCGAGGCACAUUGGUCACGCGGCAUGACUUCCUGCACGGCAGAGUGAUCGAGUUCCCUGACUCCUCCGGUACGGAAAUGUCAUCAGAGAGAAGGGCCGUCAGGGACGAUUUACGCUCAAAAAUCUGGUUGUCCAACGAUCAAAACAGAAGCGAUGUUCGUACUGCGAGGACUAAACGUUUGGAAACUAUGAACCUGCGCGGGGCACGACAGGCAACUAAAUCAGUUCUGAACAACUCUCAAUCAUUGAGCAAAAAAUCAGAUUCCGUCAAUGAUUCGGGGCAGGCGUCCAGCUCGCAGGAAGCAUUGCCAGGGUUGUCGUAUGAGGACAGGGCGAGCGAGUUGCCGACGACUGAGAGCAUAAACCUCGGUGAAGACAGAACGUUGACCGCCGACGACACAGAACGACGGCAGAACUUUGAGAAAUGCAGGAACUGGAUAGACACGCUGCCCAAUAAGUUCUCUAGCAUGCACAUCGUCCAGGAAAGGGCCCCACUAACACACGAUUAUUGAAGACGUCUUGCUCUGAAAUAUUACUCAUUUCUAGAGAGUGUUUAGCCCUUAGGCUGACCAGUACGGUAAAAUAGAAUUAAGCGCACAUACACUUGAAGAUUAUUAAAAAUAAUUCCUGUGAAGGUGUUUCCCCUUAAAUUACGACACAUUCUCACAACCAGUUUGACUUAUUUGAUGACACGACGAGGCCAUAGUCAACACGAGGAUGUCAACAAACACAUGGGGAUCUUUGCCCGCGACAUGACUCCAAUGCAAUCUGUGUUAACCUUAAACAUCAUUCUGACAAGACCUUAAGAAAAUCCCACGGAAUAAUUCAAUACUAUUUCCUUUGCCAUGGAAUGGGUGCUCUUAAUGAUAUGUUAUUGUUUUUUUGUUUUUGUUUUUUUUUUGCUACCAGUCAUCUUUAACUGAGAAUAUUCAAUGGGCAGAAAUAGAUUAGUGACUCGUAAUGUCUGAAAUCUAGUGUCACAAACCAUCUGCAAACCCUUCGCAAUAUCUAAUGUGAUCUAAUGAGUUCAGAAGGCGGAUAACAUUGGCACAAUGAAACCUUCCGACUACUCCAGCGACGCCACUGGUGCCAAGCUGUAUCAUCCACAUGAUUUUCUCUUGGGUUUUCCAGCGGCGUCGAGAGGGGCCAUAUACUGUGUAGGAAAACCAGCUUAUAAUCCUAAAAAAGAAUAAUCGCAGGCCUUGUAGACUUCGUCUACACCAUCUUCGCAUUGUGACGGACGGAUGCCAGCAAAAAAGAAAAAAAGUGUCCCGACUCACCUGUGAAAGUUUGUGUUAUCUAGUGUGUCAUGACACAUCAGUUUGAAUUACUACACAACACCACGAC